UGACUCUGAGGUGAAACUGGCAAGGGGUGGUCUGUAGCACGCCUAUGAAUUCUUUCCUAGGAACAUCUCUGGAGAUGAUAGACGACAGUGCCUGGAGCAGGCAGAUAAGCCUUGAGUUGAGCCAGCAGAUGGCCGGCUACGCCAGCCCCUCCCAUGAGAAGAAUUUCCUGUAUAAGGCGCUAGGAACGUCCUUAGCAGUUUGUCAGGACCUGGUCCAUGUUAAAUCACAGCUUAAUGAUUUUUUGACAACAACAGAUUAUAUGGAAGUCCCUGAGAGACAGGGAGUCAUUUCCAUCCUCGCAUUCUCUGCUGAGAGCCAUCUGGACCUCACCUUGAACGCACUUCAGGAGUUUGGGGCUGCAAUGAACAAGGUUAAGAUUUCUGGGUUCAUCAGCUGCCUGAAGGACUACCACCAUGGGAAGAGAGGCAAGACUCGCAGCACCCUGAUGCUGACCUACAGCAGCGUGGCUGUCCAUGCUCCAAAAGACCAGCUUCUUUCCCGAGUAGAGGCAGACAUCACAGGGAACAUCCUUCUCCAUUACAGAGCCAGUUGUCAGGUGCUGGGCAUCACUGUUGCGAACAAGGACAUGUACCUAAAAUUAACUCUCAUCCACAAUGUCAUGGAGAUUAGCUGUGCCAUCUUGGAGACUCCCAGGAGUUCGAAUUCUCUUACAAACUGGAGCUCCUUGGCCACAUGCUGCCUGCAGAUGGCCCUACGGUUCAUUUCUGAGGCAGAGAACCUGCUGAGCACUGUGUCUGUUUAUUCCAGCAAACUGAAACCAUCUCUGACCUUGGAGGAAAACCGUGAGCUCCUUGAUCAGUGCUUCAAAAGUUUAUUUCCCCUUCCUCCCUUGGAGAUGAUGAAAAAGGAAGGUGAGACAGCAAAGGAUACUCUGCUUAUACAAUCACUCUACGUGAGGUCCUUGGAAGCCCUUGGCAAGCUAACGGAGACUUUGCUGGAGGGAGAACCAACCUCAGACUGGUUCCAGGAAAUGUUUGAACUCCGAUUCCUCAUCUCCAGCUUCGUCUCCGAGCCCGAUUCUGACCCUGGGUUCCGACUCCUGGCUCCUGCCUCUGGCUCUGACCCUUGGUGCUGGCAUUUGGCCCUGGCUCUGACCCGCAGCUCUGGUUCUUGGCUGCAGGUCCUGCUCUGA